AGGCAGAAGGACCGAAGUACACUGCUGAGGGGAGCAGCGGGCAGCAGGAGAGGUCUGCGCACCACGUGGGACCUGCCUCUGGUGGCUGGGGAGCAGCCGGGGAUCGAACCGGCGCUGCAGAGGCUGUGGGCAGCUUCGCAGCCCAGCGCUCAACUGCUGCGCCACCAGGGGAAGCCCUAGCAGAUACUUUUUUGGAUGCAAAAAUAAAAAAGUGCAAUAAAUUACCAGUAAUAAAAUCAGAAACCCAUGUUUUCUUCCUGAAACUUUUUCACUACCUGUAUACUUACCAGUGUACAUAUUGUAAGGAAAGUCCGCUCCCGGGUCAGACGGCCUUAAUUUUCCUGAUAAAUCCAAAACAUGGGGGGGAAGGGGCUUAAGUUGACACUGUUUGGGUAACCAGUGGAGGAGGCAGGUUUUAUCAUUCAGCAAACACUUUGUAUGUUCUUGUGUGUCUGGGCAUUGUGCGAGGCUCUGGGGAUGUCAGGAGAGCUCAGCCGAGUAGGGAAGAGAAUUCAUAUUUUCAAGAUGGAACUUUAGACCAAGCUAAACAACAGCAAAUACUGCCACUGGUACUCUGACCAUCUAUACAGUACAUGGUCCUAGUGAAUUUAGAGGUCUACAAUAGAGUAGAAACAGGUCUCAUACUAGAUGUUAGAAAGAUAACUGACUUGUAGUAUGGGCUUUAGGCAGUGUAGAGGCAGAGAAGCCAGCAUUAUUUUUGCUAGAUUCUAAAGAACAGGAGGACAAAGACCCUAUCAGCCACACUGUACCAUCCGUUGCUCCUGCUAUUGUGUUGCUAAAAUAUGAAAAAAAGUUUUAGAAUCAAUGAAACUACUAUAAAAUGAACUAAGUUUCAAAAGUAUUAAACUAGAAAGGGAAGUAAGGAGAUUGAGAGCUAUUGCACAUAUUUGACCUUGGACUUUGCUACUUAAUAGCUUUCUUAAAACAAAUUCCUAGAAAUAUACCCCUUUUCACUUGGUAUUAAGCUGGACUGAGAUCACAUACUUUAAAACACUUUGUAACUUGUUGCUGGUCAUAUGUUGGCCUGACAUAACUGUUGGGGGCGUGGGAGCUACCAUUAAUCCCAGUCUUGCUUAGAAAGGGGUGUUUGUUUAGUAAUAAGGACUGGCUCCGAACUCCUGCCUCUGCAUAAAUUGGUGAGCAGGACAUCUGGUGAACACGAAAUACCCUUCUGGCCAGCCUCAGGUGAAGGAGCACCUUUCUGUAUUUUUUCCUAGUCUGAUAGAUUGUUUUCCAAGAAUUUGGAUUUCUUGGGCUGUGCUAAUUAACCUCCCUCUUCAGCUGAAGGAGAAGAAACAUGAAUGGAUAUUAGGGAGACACCAUCAGCCUUGGUGACUUGGUAAUAUAAAGGCUGUUGUUGCUUCCAGACAUGCCCAAUGCAGAGAAGACCUUUUCAAUCUGGGGGAAAGAAAGUUUCAACACAAUGUACAAAGCACCUCUUCGCCCAGGUGUUCUCUGAAGUGACACUACCUAGGUUACAUCCACUGGGAAAACAAGAUGAUACUUCCCUGAUAAAGGCUGUUAUUAAAUGACCAAUGAUGGAGUAUGUGAUGUGGGCCCAGCUAGUCUAGGAGGUGAUGUUGAUUCACCUUCAUUCAUUAAGACUGAUAGAGAGACUGACCCAUGCUCAUGCAAGGAAGGGGAACAGACAUUUUUUUUGACAUUUUUUCAAGUCAGGGUCCCCUCCUAAAAGUGACCAAGCCUUCCCCGCCCAUUCUCCAGACUUGCCCAGACAUGUAGUUGCUGCCCAGGGAGCUGACGCUCCUCCCCAAACAAACUUGAUCUUGUACAAUAGAUUCAGUAAAUCUGGCCUUUCCUCUCUGCGUCGGAUUUCUGUCUUCUCUCCCUUUCCCGUGCCUUCUAUGCUGUCUUCUGCAGGUCUCCACUAUGUCAGGGAAGGAUUCCCAUGCCGUGGCCUCCCACUCUGAGAAGCCAGGACUCUUGCCCUGUGGAUCCUGUGACAUGGUUUUCCGCUCCUGGGCCCUGUUGGCCACCCACACUCAGCGUUUCUGCAUUGGCCGUCUGACCCGGGAGCGGACAAAUGGAGCGCGGCCUUCAGUAGCCACUGAACCACGAGAUCCCACGGUUGUACCACAAGAACACCGGGGUCUGUCAGACCAGAUCAGCAAAUCGACUCUCAAGAAGCUGACCGAAGAGGUGCAGCAGCUGCGGCUGUACCUUCAAGACCGGCAACCCUGGCUCACAGAGGGGCCCCGGAGGCGGUCGGAGGCGCCGGGUCAGGCCUCCGCCCCCGAGGAUGCGCGGAGCCCCGGCGCGCGGCUGCGUGCGCUGCGCCGGACACAUGCGAGGCGCGUGGCGGAGACGGAAGCGCAGAGCCAGGCCCUGGAGCGACGCAGCGAGGAACUGAACCAGCGCCUCCAAGCUUUGAUUCAGACCCAGGGCGGAAAAUCACAACUGGUCGUCAUGGAGCGGGAGCUGCAAGAACUCCGGGCAGAGGCCGGGCGAACGUGGGGCGCUCUGGAGGCGUUAGGAGCGCACAUUCAGCAGCUGCAGCCCGAACCUGGGAACCGGCCGGACGCCUUGCGAGAGGCAGAACUCUGUUGUCCGAUACUACAGGCCAGCCCCGGGACUCUGACUGCAGAAAUCGGGACCCUCCGUGAAGCCUACAUUCGAGGUGGGGGCCGGGACCCCAGCGUUCUGGGCCAGAUGUGGCAGUUGCAAGUGGAGGCAUCAGCUCUGGAACUGCAGCGGUCGCGGAACCGCAGGGGAAGACUGGCAGGUGGCACAUCAGGGGAGCUUCUAAUAGUGGAGGCGGAAAACCGGCGCCUGGAGGCGGAAAUCCUGGCCUUGAAGAUGCAGAGGGGCACAGGCCGACCUCCUUGGGGGCCUGAGGAGACUCGAUUUGUGGCGGAUCCUGGACCACGGUUGAGGAGGGGAGAUCCCCCACUCCCACCACGUGUGGCUCCUCCACUUCCACCAUUUCCACCACCCAUAGGCGUCUUCUUGGGUGGCACAGAAAAAGCUCCACAGCUUCCCAGAACCAGGACCACAAACCUGAGUCUGGAUUCACACUUCCUCCUGCCCAUAUCGGACGUUCUGGGCCCUGCACCCUAUGAUCCUGGGGCUGGGCUGGUCAUUUUCUAUGACUUCCUGCGAGGCCUUGAAGCUUCUUGGAUUUGGGUGCAACUGAUUACUGGCUUGGCUCGGGACGGCCAGGAUACAGGAGGAACCACAGCAUUGCCCCCAGCCCUUUGCUUACCCCCACCUCCAGCUCCUGGGCCAGUGGGCAACUGUGCCAUCCUUGCCAGCAAGCAGCCUGUACCUAGACUGCCACCCUCACCGUCAGUGUCCUUGAUCUGUGAGCUGCAGGCCUGGCAGGGGCUGGCAUGGUCUAGAGCACCAGAGCUAAAGGCCUGGACCUCACUACUGAUAUUUGACCGGGAACAGAGAGUGCUAAGUGGCCGUUGGCGUCUCCCACUUCGGGCGCUUCCUCUGGAUGCCAGUCUUAGCCUUGGGCAGCUGAAUGCGAUUCCCCAGGUAGGUCAGACUGAGCUCUUUCUGCGAUUGGUGAAUGCCAGAGAUGCUAGUGUCCAAACACUGGCUGAGAUCAAUCCAUCAAGUGCCCAUGAAUAUCAAUACCCACCUAUGGUAUCCACCUCAUCUUCACUGGAAGCCAGCUCCUUUGCCCCAAUAGCUGGCUUUGUGGAUCCCCCUCCUCCUACAGAAGAACCCUUAACUGGCAUCAAGGAUAGGGGACUUGGGUCCUGGCAGUUUUGA